GCUCUGGGACGCACCAGAUCGGGGAGGGACCUGACAGGCGGCUGCAGGGGAACGGAAGGGGGGGAUCUUUGGAGGAGGGAGCGCUUCGCACGGUUCACUAAUUCUAUUAAAGCGGUUUUACGCAGCGGUACCAGCAGGAAAAAAAAGAUGAAUUCCUUCAUCCUGAUGUCGCUUUUCGCCACGGUGAUCGUUGGAAAGUCACCUCGACUGAAAUUCGUUGUGCACGAGCCCUCCAGGUUUCACUUCACCAAACCUGAGAACUUCAUCAGCAUGUACCAUCAGGAGGGGACCGACACGCUGUACGUGGGCGGACAGGCCAUGAUCUACGUGUUGUCCUUCACAGACAGAGGGGUCCGUGACCUGCAGAUCCCCGCAGCCUCCGAUCAGACUGCCAUUGAUACCUGCAAAGCAAAGGGCAAACCUCUCGAGCUGGAGUGUGACAAUUUCAUCACCGUCAUUCAGAAACUAAACGACACGUUCAUGGUCUGCGGAACGAACGCCGGGAGCCCCAGGUGCUGGAUGCUGGUGAACGACACGGUGCUGACGGACGUCCAGGGCGGAGGGCACAUCGCGCCCGCCUCCGAGAUCUCGCCGCCCUACCCCUCCCAGAAGUCCCUCAGCUUGACAGCAGAUGGGAAUCUGUAUUCGGCCAUGUCGUCGGUGGGAAGUCUCGCUGGCUCCAUCCGUCGUACGUUUGGCUCCCAGAAACUCCUGAAGACGGAGAACAUUUGGCUGCUGAAUCCGCAGUUCGCCGGCGCAGCCAUCAUCCCGUCUUCAGAGAAGGUCCAGGAGGAAAUCUACUUCUUCUUCAGCGAGUUCAACAAAACAGCUCGAGUGGACGAGGAGCCGUACAGGGCGCGCAUCGGCCGGAUCUGCACGGUGGACGAAGGAGGCAUCAGAGCCCUGCUGGCCGACUCCUGGACCACCUUCAUGAAGGCCCGGGUGAUGUGCGGCGCAGGAAGCACGCAGCAGCAGUACAACAACAUGAAGCAGGCGGUGGUGCUGACUGCUCAGGACAAGCGGACCGGGAUCAUGUAUGGACUCUUCUCUAACGCCUGGGGUAAAACAGUCAUUUGUGCCUAUUCCAUCGAAGACAUCGACCGAGCCUUUUCCACAUCCAAGCUGAAGGGCUACAGCAGUCCAUUCAUUGGCAGCCGCCCUGGGAUGUGCGCCCGCAAAAACCCGGCGACGGCGGAGAGCCCCAACAACAUCAAGAACCUGGGGGUGAUCAGAUACCACCCCGAGAUCGAAGACGUGAUCCGGCCGGUCGGCGUGGCGCCGCUCGAACUCCCCACAGACGACCAGAUCACGCACGCCGUGGCGGACGUCACGCUGGCGGUCAACGACGAGCACUACAGCGUCCUGUACCUCGGCACAGAACAAGGCAAAGUACUCAAAGUCCUUCAUACCAGUGAAGAGGUCUUCAUCAUAUCUCAGUACUCUCUGUUUCACAAUGAGGGACCUGUUCUCAACAUGGCCAUCGACUCCCAAAAGGGACACCUCUACGUCGGCACGGCGAUGGAGAUCCAGCGGCUGCCGCUGGCUGACUGCGGUCGCUAUGGCGACACAUGCAGGGAGUGCAUCCUCUCCCGAGAUCCGUACUGUGGAUGGGACAAGGCCAGGAGGAAGUGCAUCACCAUCCCGCCUGGAUACAACAUCACGACUGGGGCUCUCAUUCAGAACCUGGAACAUUCCAACUCCUCGGUUUGUGGGGAAGCUGCUGCUCUGAAGUUGCGUAAAACUUCCCCCAGAGAAGUGGUGGUGCCGUUCAACACCUCCGUCUUUCUGCCCUGCCCCGUGCGCUCCUUCCACGCCACCUACCGCUGGGAGAAGGACAACUGCGUGCUGAACUACCCCUGCCUCUUCUCCGGAGACUUCUGCGUCCUGGGGCCGGCGGUCGACACGCCCCUGAAGGAAGGCGUCUUCCGCUGCAUGGCCACCGAGGACGGGUUCAAGGUGGAGGUCAUCUCCUUCAGGCUGAAGAACGACGGCGGGCUGCUGGCCGCCUCCCUGGCCUCCACCCUGGGGCUGUCGGUGCUGCUCGCUCUCACCACCCUGUGGCUUCAUUAACUGCAGCUAUCACUAAUGCUAACUCCUCAUCCUCCUCCCCGACU